CUGGUCCGCUCCGCUCCGCAGUCUACCCCAGGACUUCUGCUAGUGUGGACCUCUAUGGAUAUCUCACACCGGUGCUUCAGAGUCGACCGGUUCUACAAGAGUGUGGUGUGCGCGACCAUGGACUCUGCUCAGUUGUUCGCGUUCAACGAUAACACUUAGAUACACUAGUUACAGUGAGUGCGUGGACAGUGGGAACUUAAGUGUUGUGAGUGUACGCUGACGUUCCUUGCACGAUGCCGAAGAUAUUCCUGAUCAAGGACCGGCUGCUCCAGCAACAGCUCAAGUUAUUAGAUCAGCAGAAGCAUCACAAUGAGGGGCUGACGCCGCCGGGCUCUCCCCUUUCGGACUCCCAGCCUCUUUCUCUUAUCGUCAACAAAAGACCUUCAGAUUGCCAACCACUGAAGAAGGAGGAGGAAAGAAUCUGUCCUCACUCGAAAUCUCCAGUUCCUCGAACUCUCUCGCCCAAAGAGGGACCCAAGGCGGAAUCCUCGGAAAGCAAUGAGAGCUGCCCUCCGAGAAGGUUUAUCUCCUCCAUUCUGGGGGGUGAUGUGCCCUAUGGAAGCCAGAAUCAUCACAGGCACCAUAUCCCGACAUCCGCAGAGCGCAAAGAAUAUUUGCCUUUGGACAAGCCGGAACCUUCUGCCUCCCCUCCCAGAUGUCAUCCUGUCUCUGUUAUCCAGCGGACCCCAAUUGUACCUCUGGUCAAGCCGAAACAAGAGACAGAGAUAAUAGUUCAAGAACCAGAACAGGAAGCUCCUAUCGAUUAUCACAUUCCAAAGAAAGAACUAGAUCGCAAAGAACUAGAGGAACCAAAAAGAAGACAAAUAGCUCUGGCAAUAAAACGAAGUCAGUUACUCUUUGCUGCUGGAAGAAAGUUGAGUCCAAGUGGGAUGAUUUUAAUGGCAGCAGCAGGACACACGAGAAACGGUAGUGGAGGAGGUGGAUCGAGAGGUCAAGGAGGUGGUUCUGGAGGAGGAUCACAAGGAUCAUCUUCUGGGCACUCAUUUGGUUCUUCUGGAGGUGGUGGUUUGAGCUCCAGCAGUGCUGGAGGAGCAAUUGGAGGUGGUUCUGGAGGUGGUGGAGGUUUAAAUCCUGGAGGGAAUGGAAAAUCUAACUACGGUCCCAGCAGUCCACCCACGGGUUCACUUCCACCUUUUUACGAGAGUCUCAAGAGUGGAGGACUCCCAGGCUACCCACAUCAGUACAGCCAGUAUCAAUCUAUGUUGUCCUCGUCUCCACUGCCCAUGGAUGUGGACACGGGACAGGAUCUUGGAGCAGGCUUCCCUCCUAGUGACCUGCUUCCCAAACAAUAUUCUCUGCUACAGAACGUAUGUGCCCAGUACGGUUUGGCAAUGAAAGACGAUGAUGAAUUGGCGAACAUGAUGAAGGACUCUGGGGCAUUCCUGGCCUAUGAUGAUGUCAUGGUAGAUGCAAUGACAGGUGCUGUGGUGGACCCUCUUCAGUUCACCGCAACUUUAACCUUCUCCUCCCCAGACCACACAGCCCUGCUGGAGAGUCUCAGUGAUGCAGCAGAACUUUUCCUUAGAGAGCAGCCAAGUGAAACAAUCCCCCCUCCAGUGGAGCCGUCGGUCAACCCCUUCCCUGAACACAGAGCAGUUAACUUCACUGAGACACCUUCUAGUAGCAGGUCUAGCUCUACCUUCACGUCGCCUCAGAGCAGUUACAGUGCACCCGGCGCAGGCGCGGGACCAGGAGCUGGUGGCCGAGGUCUGCCUCCAGGCUACCAAGACCUGGUCAAGGAGCGCGAACUUGCCCUACAGCUGGCUGAGGAGAGCAGUCAGCAGUUGCAGAUACAGGUCCAGUUGCAGCAGCAGACUCAGCACAGUGAGAAUACGAGCCAGUCAGCCCUGUUGUCCCCAGGACUAUCCUCACUGGAACUGGAUUCCAGUACCAGCAUGUCGCUGCCCUCCCCCACAAACUGCAGCCUGGACGGCACUGGCUCCUUGUCUCCGCCGCCCUCCGGGGACCUCACCUCCAUCCCGUCCCUCCAGAUGCGAGUGGGUGCCAUCAAGCAAAGGCUGGGUUUGCCCGGAGACAUUGCUCUGGAGUUUGUUAAUGGUGGACAUGGCAUCAAGAAUCCUCUGGCCAACCACGAAGUGGCCCACAGUCUCCCCCGCCCUGAAGUUGACAAGGCCGACCCAGACACUAAGCCACUUCGUGAGGGAACUCGCUUUGCCUGCCACCUUUGCUCCAAGACCUUCAGUCUCCAACGGCUGCUGAACCGCCACAUGAAAUGUCACAGCGAUGUUAAACGCUACCUCUGCACCUUUUGCGGCAAGGGCUUCAACGACACUUUUGACCUUAAGAGGCACACCCGUACCCACACAGGUGUCCGCCCUUACAAGUGUAAUCUAUGUGAGAAGUCUUUUACGCAACGUUGCUCGUUAGAGUCCCACUGUCUCAAAGUCCAUGGAGUACAGCAUCAGUACGCCUACAAGGAACGUAGAACAAAGAUGUACGUGUGCGAAGAGUGUGGGCACACAACCAACGAACCUGAGGUGCACUAUCUCCACCUCAAAGAGCUGCACCCCUACAGCCCAGCCCUCCUCAAAUUCUACGACAAGAGGCAUUUCAAGUUUACAAAUUCCAACUUUGCCAACAUGCUUUUACAAGUUAGAACAUAAAAAGAACUGUAAUUCAUUUGGAACAGUUUUGAAUCCUCUAUCCAAACGUACAAAUUAUCAGGACUGUUUCAAAUAGUGACUUACGUGCAAUGUAACUUAAUAUUUCGGGUUGGAUAUAUGCGGGAUGGUGACUGCGUACUGAGGUGUUUAAUUUGCUUUAUUGCAUAAUAGGGUUUUCUCUACACUUCAAUGUCCAUAGUCUAUUACGACUGUAUAAACACUCCUAUAAGAAUGGUUUGGAAUAUAAAUAAUUUGCAAAUAGAUAUUUUAUUGUGAAUUUGGUUUGAGGGAUGUAUUAGCAGUUUAUGACAAAUACAAAUGUAUAUGCUAAUCUAGUACCUACUUCAUUAUAAAACCCUGCUUUGCAAUAUUGCAAUAUUCAACUGACAACUUAAUUACGACUUUUUCUGUCACAUUUAUUGGGAGGAAUCUGUUCAUUGUUUAGUACUCGAUGUUGGAAAAUAAAAAUAAUUUCAAACAAACAAUUUAUUUGAUUUCUUAUUUCUUGAAAAACAUAUAUUUAAUUUUCUGAAAAUUAUACUUACAGGAUCUCACUCUAAAAUUAAUAUGUUCAUGCCAACUUCCACAAAUCACAUGUUACAAGUAGAUGAUGUGGGCUGUAGUGGCUCAAGAUAAAAAAAGAUCACAACUAUAUAAAAUAGGUUUUUACCAUUAGAUUAUAUCAAGACAAAUGAAAAAUCAUCAAAAUACAUUAUUUAUUAUUAUAGAAUAUAUUCUAAUUCAUUAACAUUUUAUACAUGGAAAAAUAAUACUUGCAUUAUAAACAAAUCUGGAAAGUUAUUGUUGGCGUGAGCAUGUUGAGCAGUAUGUCAGUAUUAUUUUAAGCUUUAUUUGUAUAGUAAUGCGGUUAUGUAACCCUUCAUUUAAACAUCCCCAGGAGAACUCUUAGUAAUUGGCCUUAUAAACAUCAUGGGUAUUGAAUAAAAUCUCACAAAAUGGAUUCGAAUUUAAUGAACGAUGAGUAGAUUGAUUAACCAAAGGUACACUUAUGAUAUGGGGCUUGGAUAAAUGUAAUAGGAAAAAGUUAACGUGUUUGUGUCAGUCUGAAUAAAUAGAUUGUACUUUUUGUUUUAUUAACUCGUAUGUUGAGAGAGUAAAACGAAAAAUACACCCCCUCACUUAGAAUAGCAUUGUGUAUAUAUUUGUUGUAGUAUGACGAUAAGUCUGUUGUUAUGUCAGUGUUAUAUACUGUUACUGUUAAGACUUCUGUGCUCUUCAUUUGUGAUAUAAGCAUUGUUUAGGUUUAAACCUUCUUCCUUUCUUUCAGCUCCAUACUACCCCAGACUCAAUGAAACAUUGAUUUUAAAGUCAAUAUUUAACGUUGAAUUCUAACACUCCAGCAUGGUUUAGUCAGUUAAUUUUAAUCUCUCUGAGUUAGUUUUGUUAACUCUCCUGAAAUCACUGGCAAACUAUCAGCUUGGUAUCACAAUUUACUCUUCAAUGUUUAAAAUUUUUACCAAAACCAAACAUUUUGAUUUUAAAAAUGUGCGGCUUCUUAGAACAUGCAUAAAAAGUACAUAGCUUUUGUAUCGAUUUUGUGGAUAUUACUCAAGUUUAUUCAUGCAACAAAUUCAAAGUGAAAACCAUUUUAAUAUUCCUCGAUUCAAGUUGAGUUCUCUACUCUGCUGUCUGUUAUGUCCUGUGUUUAAGACUUUGUUGAACAAAAAGUCAUCUUUUCUGUAGAAGCAAUCUUUUAGUAUAGUAGUUUAUACUGUCAUUCAUUGUGUAGCUGUGAUCGUUAGUGUGAUGGUUAUAUACAUUUUAUAUUUGUUGCUAAGUUUUAUUUUAUAAAACUACCUUUUAAUUUUAAAAUUCCUAAUGUCUUUAAUUUUCCAGUAUACAAUCUUAAGUUCUGAUUGCCUUGUAACAUUUUGAUUAUAUUUACUUCAAACUAAACUUGUGUGAUGUAACAGUAACCUCUCUUGAUGUUCAUGUCUUUGAUCUUUGAUCAGUACUCUGAACACCCAACAAGUCUACAGAAACAUCCAAGUACUAAAUGUGUAUAUUAUCACUCUUAUUUAAUAUUAAAGUCCUCAUUCUCCAAAGUAUGUUAUUGAUAGAUGUGUAAUUUUUAGAUUUUUAUAUUUACUGCUAAGCAAUUUUCUAGGGGUGGUUGUGCAUUAAGAAACAACAUUGUUAGUUUAGGUGAAAUUGAGUCAACAACUAUAGAUGUUUGAGCAAAAUUUAGAUUUAAUUGACAGACAUAUUUUUGGAAGAGAAGUAGUAGUUAAUUAGUAGAUAGUGUGUAAUUCUCACAAUUUACUUAUUCGAUAUGAUUUUUCUAAAUUAUUAAUAUGAUUCCAAUUUUGUAUAAAGAUUUAGUUAUAAGAGUGGACCAAAAUGUAUAUUUUCAUAUGUAUUAAAUAAAACUUUUCUAUUGUU